UAAAAUGGGCAACAGAGCCAACUGGAGUCCAACACCAGAGUGUGAAGAAUUGAAAUGUAAAUUAUCAUUGCCACCAACAAGAGGAACCAGUUACACACCUGCUGACAGAAAUCUGUUCUUGCCUGGAUAACAUGUGGUGAUCCACGUGACCCUCUUGUGAGUUCUCCCUACCGCUGGCAGCGGGGUCAAUUGGGAGGAACUCAGCGUUACAACUGUAGAACCGGAUUUAAAACCACAAAUGCCCGRGGUGUUGCCACAUGCACAAGUGAUGGCUUCUGGACUCCAGAACCACUCUGUGAAGACAUAACAUGUGACAAGCCAGAUAUCCCAAAUGCUGUGAUUAAAGACCCAAAAACAAGAUACAUAUUCAAUGAUCAGCUCACUUAUGAGUGUAAGAUGAAUUAUGAACUAUUGGACAGUACUACCAGCUCUACUGCUACCUGUACAACAAAUGGCUGGACCAAGACACKUGGCUGUAAAGAAAUAGAGGGAGCAUGUAUCAACCCCACUGUGAUGAAUGGAUUCAUAGUGUUGAAUCAUAGUGUGAAUGUUGAUCCCAGGAAUMGCAAGAUAUACUAUUCCUGCAAUGGUGGGUUCAAACCCUCUACCGGGGGUUGGUGGGGUGAAGCCACAUGUACUGAGGGAACAUGGUCUGGAAUAUUAGAGUGUAUUGGAAAAGAGAGAUGUUGAAGAUGUUAUUACAGAGGUGUCCUAUCAAUGCAGCAGACAGUAUACUCUGAGUUUCACAGGUAGCAUCAGAUGUCAGAAUGGAAAAUGGCCGAGCCCUCCAAAGUGUUUACGGCCUUGUGAGAUUUCCACUUUUGAUGCAGAGUACAAUCUAAAGAAUUUACCCAAGAAAGAUUAUAUUGCGCACGGUGAAAAAAAGACUCUCCAUUGCAAAGAGGGAUAUUACCAUGAAUACAAACGUUUUGUACAGAAAAUAGAAGAAAUUGAGGUGAAAUGUGAUGAUGGAGAGAUACAGUAUGGAGAACACAUACCUAUAUGUAGCCAUCGUAGGUAGAUGAUGAACAUAAUGGAGUCAUGAUGUUCCCUCCAUCAAAUUCAAGAAUCCUUGCAAAGCCGCCUUUAUAUGCAAGGAGAAGACCCAUUUGCUUUUGUGGUGUCUUUGUCGCUUGUUUAAUUUAGGUUUAGAAAAAAGGUGAGCCAGCCAGUAAUGGAAUACAUGUAGUGUCUUUUUCAACAUUUGACAUUGUAUCAUCAUUGUAAAAAAAAUAACAGUAUCUUUCAAAGCAUAUCAGUCUCAGCUUCACUAUAAUAACAGUACAGCUAUCUAAAGCUAGACUAAAGUGGUACAUUUGUUGUAUUAGUACAAAGUGAUGUGAUUGUGUGAAUAUCCUUCUAUCAAGUUUAUAAAUUGCCUGGCUGGGCUGAUGAGACAGUGGAUUGCGCAGUCAGUUGGAACAGAGUAAAUAGGCAUUUUAACAUCAUAGAUUUAGCCGGUGGUAGCUUGUGGAAUAGGCACCGGCUGGAAUGCGGUCUUAACCAAUCAGCAUUCAGGAUUAGACCAACACGCUCUAUAAUGUGUGAAUAUUCUCCUGUAUCUCCCAGCUGUGUGAUUCAUAAUCUGAAGGUGUAAUAAGUGAACAACUGUUGUUAUGAUUGUCCUUAUCAAGGAAGACAAUAAAGUUGUGGAAAAGAGAUGACACGUUGUCUCCAUGAGUCUUUACAAAGCAGAAUAAGAUGAUUUACAGAUGUUAACCUAACAAAUACACAUUAAAGCUGACAAACUAUUUCUCA